AUGUACUAUAUGCUAACAAUCAGUCAGGGUGAGACGGGGGACAAUUUUUUCACAGAAGAUGAAGCAUUUAGAUUUGGAUCUCCAUGGCGAUUAAUGGAUGCAUCACAAAGAGGGGUCCUUAUAAACCGUCUAGCUGAUCUCAUUGAGCGUGAUCGAGCAUAUUUGGCAUCAUUGGAGACGUUGGACAAUGGAAAACCAUACCACGUAGCCUACAUGGCAGACCUAGGUUUAGUUAUCAAAUGUCUCAGGUACUACGCAGGCUGGGCUGAUAAAUAUCAUGGUAAAACCAUCCCUAUGGAUGGAAACUACUUCUGUUAUACGCGUCAUGAGCCAGUUGGUGUGUGUGGGCAAAUCAUCCCGUGGAAUUUUCCACUGUUAAUGCAGGCCUGGAAGCUUGGACCAGCACUAGCAACUGGAAAUGUGGUGGUGAUGAAGGUGGCAGAGCAGACCCCAUUAACAGCGCUCUAUGUUGCAAAUUUAAUCAAGGAGGCAGGAUUUCCACCAGGAGUCGUGAAUAUUAUUCCUGGUUUUGGAGAAACCGCAGGAGCAGCAAUUGCCUCACAUAUGGAUGUUGAUAAAGUUGCAUUCACAGGAUCCACAGAGGUUGGUCACCUGAUCCAGCAGGCUGCAGGAAAAAGUAACUUGAAGAAGGUGACACUGGAACUUGGAGGAAAAAGCCCAAAUAUUAUCCUCUCUGAUGCUGAUCUUGAUCAUGCAGUUGAGGAAUCCCAUACAGCUCUAUUCUUUAACCAAGGACAGUGCUGCUGUGCUGGGUCACGUACAUAUGUUCAAGAGUCUAUCUACAACAGAUUUGUGGAGCAGAGUGUGGAAAGAGCAAAACUUCGAACUGUAGGAGAUCCGUUUGAUUCCAAGAAUGAGCAGGGGCCACAGGUAGAUGAAGAGCAAUUCAAUAAAAUUCUGGGAUACAUUAGUAGUGGAAAAAAGGAAGGAGCCAAACUUCUCUGUGGGGGAGGAGUGGCAGCAGAUCGUGGGUUCUUCAUCCAGCCAACUGUGUUUGGAGAUGUGAAGGAUGAUAUGAUUAUUGCUAGAGAGGAGAUCUUUGGACCAGUGAUGCAGAUUCUGAAGUUUAAGACAGUGGAGGAGGUGAUUGAGCGAGCAAAUGAUUCUGUGUAUGGACUUGCAGCAGCAGUGUUUACCAAUGAUAUCAAUAAGGCUAACUACGUGUCUCAGGGGCUACGCACAGGAACUGUCUGGAUAAAUUGUUAUGAUGUGUUUGGAGCUCAAGCUCCAUUUGGUGGAUACAAAGCUUCAGGCAAUGGACGGGAACUUGGAGAAUAUGGAUUGCAAGCAUAUACAGAAGUAAAGACUGUGACAGUAAAGGUCCCCGAGAAGAACUCCUAAAACAGCCCACUAACUUUUUAAUGAGUCUUUUUAAAUGUGAAAUUACAAAGAAUCGAACAUUGUAAACUAACGACAGCAAACUUUGAAAUGUGUAAUGAAAAUUCUGAUUGUAUUGUUAGUGCUAAAUGUGAACCUGAUGAUUAAUGCAAUAAUGACCUUUUAUCAUUUGAUUAACUAAAAUGCUGAAGUGCUGUGCAUGCUGAGUAAUUGCCUUUGAAUAUGUACUAAUGAGUAUUGCUUGCAUUUUGUUAGUUUAUUACAGGCAAACUAAGGAUUGAUGUGCAGUAAUUAAUUAGAAUCAAAAUAUUAUACUUUUGUAGCUAAUUUGGUAAAAUUACUUUUUUGGACACUAAAGUAAAUACUUAAUUGGCUAAACAUUUAAGGAUUCAAUUAGUUUUGUUUAUUGCUAUCUUAAAUCUUGUAAUAUGAAUGUAAGGAUCCAUCCAUAUGUGCCAAUGGCAGAAGAUUUUUGUUGCCAGUUCCAAAUAUAUGUACCAAUGAGAUGGAACAGCUUUUUACAGGCUAAUUACUUGUGUGAUUGAGAUUUGUUUAAAAUUUUAUACAAUUAAAUCCCAAUAUAAGGAAAUCUGAUUUAAA